AUGCAUGAAGUCUCUGUUGUUUACCCCUUGAUUAUGAUACAAAUUAUGAAUAAUCCAUUAUCUCGAUUAGAAUGUUUACCUAAUGAAAUUCUUAUGUAUAUAUUUCAAUAUUUUGAUGCUCGUGAUCUAUUUCGAGCUUUUUAUAAUCUUAAUUAUCAUUUCAAUACAUUACUUCAAUCACUUAAUUAUCUUUCGUUUACUUUAUUAAAAUAUAAAUCUAUUGAAAUUAAUGAUUAUAUUAUAUUUACUUCAUAUAUCUAUACGUUAACAAUAUAUAAUACAGUUGAUAUUGAUUUAAAUAAUUUUACAAACCUACAUCGUCUUAAUCUUAUUGAACCUACAUCGAAUCAAUUAAAACAAAUUGUAUUUAGUACUUUACCUUAUUUAGAACAUUUAACAAUUGGAUAUGAACAUUAUCUUUAUAUAGAUUAUAUUCCUGAAAUAUGUCAGAAAAUAUUUUCCAAUGGUUUUCCUUGUUUAAAAUCUUGUUCAUUAUUUGAACCAAGAAUACUUGAUAUUAUAUCAGAUCUUACACAAUCAACUCAAAUAACUAUUUUAAAAAUGGAUAUGAUUGAUAUGUUAACUUAUACAGAUAUUUUAACAUUAUGUCCUAAUUUAUAUUUUUUUCAAUUUACAAUAAAUCAUCGUGAACAAGAAGAAUUCAAUCCUAUUAAAUUACAUUUCAAUCUUAAACAAAUAAUUAUUCGAUUUCAAAGUCUAAUUCAUACAUUUUCAGAUUAUAUUAUGAAUUAUUAUUUAUCAUGUGUACCAAAUUUAGAACAAUUAACUAUAAAUGAAUUAAAUUAUGAAGUAAAUAUAAAUGACUAUUUAAAUUAUCAUUGGUUUGCGCGUUCAAUUCAUACUUAUUUAUUAAAACUCCAUCGAUUUAAAUAUUAUCUCUCUAUUCUUGAUAUUAAAAAUAUUAAGAAAGAUAAUAUUAAUCAUAUGAAAAUUAAUUUUAAACAUAUUCAUAAAAAUCUCUAUCAAUCUUAUCUUAUUCUUAAUUAA